GCCAGGUAUACGAAUACGCAAAAAGAGUGAGACCACAAGCACGGUAAAGUGAGACGGCCUAGAUUUCUCGUCCGUGUGACUUAUUUCGCAUGGGUGCAAUGAUGCUUAUUGAGGGCAACACUGUUCAGUUCAGGUGUAAAUCGACAGCCAAUCAAAGCACAGCAAUUCCUUGUCAUCUCCAAACAUGGUUCUUGAAUUGAGAGAUUACUGUACUUGUACAUACAUAUAGUGGUACCGGUACCGGGUACAAGGGUAAACAACUUCUAGGGAUACCUAGAAUACAAACGUCAUAGCAGAGUACAGUACAUACUGUAGCAAGAAUAAUAAUAUUGCUAUAGUGCGUAAGGAACCUAUUUUAAACCGGCGAUUAUGCUUCCGUUCGGAUCAUGGGGCGAACACAGAUUAAAAUAAACUUGAAACACUCUAGUAGCGUCUAGACAUUUCUAAAGUCUUUUUAACACGAUGCGAAAGCGGUAUUAGCCUCAGUACUGCUGCAUCGGAGACUUGAGAAAGUGUUACCGAUAAUCAAAGCGAAAACUAAGCUAUUGAGUCUUUUUCAAAAAGUUCAUAUAUUAUAUACAUUGUUAAAGUUCACAAGUUAUUCAACAUGACAAAAACAAUUCUAACUGCACAACAAUGGAAGGAGAAGGGUAAUGAAGAAUUCAAUAAAAUGAAUUGGUCAGAAGCAUUGAGUUGUUAUACAAAUGCCUUAAAGCUUUCAAAUGAAGGCAAUUCUGAAAAAGCUAUAUAUUAUAAAAAUCGUGCUGCUGUAUAUUUAAAACAAGAAGAAUAUAACAAAGCAAUUAAGGAUUGCGACGAAUCACUUAAUAUAUGCCCGAACGAUCCCAAAGCACUAUUUCGCAGAUGUCAAGCAUUAGAAGCUUUAGAAAGAUAUGAAGAAGCAUAUCGUGAUGCCAGAUAUAUAAUUUCAGUAGAUUCAGGAAAUAAGGCAAUUCAACCUAUUGCUGCACGAUUACAUGAGAUUGUACAGGAAAGAUAUAAACAAAAUUCUCGCACUAGUGCCAAGGUAUCACAAAUGAUGGAUUUAGUUUUUGAAAUGAAAGGGACCAAUGAAAACCGAGAAACAGCAAUGAAAAAUUUACUUGUUCUUGCUAGAGAAAGAGCAGGUGCAGAAAUUAUGUUAAAAGAUGAAAUUAUUCCUAAAAUAGUAAAACUUAUGAAACUUGAAAAGAACGAGGAAAUAAUAACAAGUGCAAUUCAUAUCAUUGCCGAAUUAUGUAAAGAUAAUGUUAGCCGGACUGACGUUAUUUUAAAGCAUAUUGGUAUACCUUGUUACUUAGAAAUGAUCAAUAGUAAACUUUCACAAAGAGUAAAUGCUGCUCAGUAUUGUUUGCAGACUAUACUCAAUACCUACAGUGGCAUGGAUAAUAAACCAGAUACAAAACCAAACAAAGAAUUAUGUGAUAAAUAUAAUAAACAAAUUGAUACUAUUUUGUCUUGCUUGUUAUACAGUGUAACAAGUAGAAUUAUUUCUGGAUUAGCAAGAGACGCGAUUAUAGAACUUAUUAUACGCAACAUUCACCAUACUGCAUUAAAUUGGGCAGAGCGAUUAGUGGAACUUCGUGGCUUACAACGUUUAAUGGAAGUAGCCAGUGAACUUGAAGAAUAUAAAUAUGAAUCUUCAAUGGACAUUACACCAUCUACUAGAACUGUGACCAGUGUAUGCUUAGCAAGAAUUUAUGAAAAUAUGUAUUAUGAUGCUGCAAAAGAAAAAUUUGGAAAUGCCAUAGACGAAUUUAUUAAAGAUAAAUUACUUGAGCCAGAUAUAGAAUCUAAGGUCCGUGCUGUAGUUGCUAUCACAACAUUAUUGCUUGGUCCAUUAGAUGUUGGAAAUACAGUGAUUGCUAGAGAAGGUAUCUUAGAAAUGAUACUUGUAAUGGCAGGUACAGACGAUAUACUACAACAAAAAGUUGCUUGUGAGUGUAUAGUUGCUGCAGCAUCUAAGAAAGAUAAAGCUACUGCAAUUAUAAAUCAAGGAGUGAACAUUUUGAAAAAAUUAUAUCACUCUAAAGAUGAUUCUAUUAAAGUACGUGCAUUAGUAGGCUUGUGUAAGCUGGGUAGUUCAGGUGGCUCAGACGCCACAAUUAGACCAUUUGCAGAUGGUGCAACAUCAAGAUUAGCAGAAGCUUGUAGGAGAUUCUUAAUUAAUCCUAAGAAACAGAAAGAUAUGAGGAAAUGGGCAGUAGAAGGGUUAUCGUACCUUACUUUUGAUGCUCAAGUUAAAGAAAAACUUAUCGAAGAUAGCGAAGCAGUUACAGCAAUGAUAGAACUUGCUAAAACAGGAGAUCAGUCUGUAAUUUAUGGUGUUGUCACAACAUUGGUGAAUUUAUGUAAUGCUUAUGACAAACAAGAAAUUAUACCAGAAAUGAUAGAACUAGCAAAAUUUGCAAAACAUCACAUACCCGAAGAACAUGAACUUGACGACAUAGAUUUUGUAAAAAAGAGAGAAAUUAUAUUAGCUAAAGCUGGUGUUACCAGUGCAUUGGUUAGUCUCUCCAAAACAGAAAGUCAAAAUAGCAAGGAAUUAAUAGCACGUGUUUUCAAUGCAAUUUGUAGUCAACAAGAAGUUAGAGGUAUUGUUGUUCAACAAGGUGGAGCUAAGGCUCUUUUACCAUUGGCUUUAGAAGGAACUGAAAAAGGAAAGAAACAAGCAUCUCAAGCCCUAGCCCGUUUAGGAAUUACGAUAAAUCCAGAGGUGGCUUUUCCUGGCCAAAGAAUAAUGGAAGUAGUACGGCCUUUUAUAAAUCUUUUAAAUCCAGAUUGUUCUGCACUUGAAAAUUUCGAAGCUUUAAUGGCUCUGUGCAAUUUAGCGGGUGUUAACGAUAGCGUUAGGAAAAGAAUAUUACAGGAAGGGGGUUUCCAAAAAAUAGAGACUUACAUGUUUGAGGAUCAUGAUAUGUUAAGACGUGCCUCCACACAGGUUGUAAAUAACUUAAUGAUGUGCGAAGAUACUAUAAAAUAUUAUGAACAAGAAAAUGAUAGAGUUAAAUAUCUAGUUAUUCUUUGCGAAUAUGAAGAUAUUGAAACAAGUUUAGCAGCAGCAGGAGCCUUAGCGAUGUUGACAUCGGUUAGCAAGAAAUCUUGUAGUAAAGUCUUUGAUUCUAAGGAUUGGUUAGAGUCAUUACGAUUUUUACUCGCUAAUCCAAAUUCUGAUUUACAACAUAGAGGAAUUGUCAUUGUUUUAAACAUGAUGAAAAGCACUAAGGAUGUUGCAGCAAGAUUAAUUGAAACUGAUGUGAUGGAAAUUUUAAUGGCUCUUACAAAGAAUGAAUCUGCAGAAAAUAAAAAGAUUAAAGAAUUAGCUAGCAGUGCAUUAGAAGCAGCAGCAGAAUGGAAACUUAUUAAAACUGCAAGUGAACAACAACAAUCGCAGGAUUCAAAUAAUUCAGAAAACGUUGAAUAAAUAUUUAAUAUUUACUUAAUCACACAUACAUUGAACAUGAAAUAAUUUUAAUAAUGAUUACAAUUUUGUUAUAUCAUAAAGUGCCUAAAACUAUGUGUGUCAUUUCAUUCUUAUAGUAAACCGCAGUCCAAAAUUUUGAGUUCGGAUAGACAAUACCGGGUACUCGAAGCCAAGUCUGAAUACUUCGUGACGCGACGUAGAACCUCUGCUAAUCAUUGUUCAAAAUUAUAAUGUUCACCCGGUAGACGUACCGUGCUAUAGUGCCGAACUCUUGCGCAUGUAUCGUCUGCCCCCAUUCUUGCAUAGCCUAUUUUCCUACGAAUACUAGACGUGACCAAUCACAAACGUAAAAGCAUUCCUGUCAACUAUACUGCCCUCUACCUCUGCUAUGUUGAACUGCUCAUCCGUGUUAUGACCGAUGGAGUCACGUGAAAUUUGAAGAAAUGUACGGCAACGGUGUAUAUAGCAGACAUUUCUACAAUCGAAGCCCUCAAAUUUAGUCUUUUGGGAAUCUAAAUUUUUCACUUCUGAAUUGUACAGAUUUUAGUGGAUGUAAACCUCUGCAAACUAAUAUACGUAUAUGGUUUUCUUCUUUUGGGUCAUCAUAGCGUGCGGUGAGCCUCAGCCUUAAUCUUUUGCCCACAACCACGCCUGAAAGACGUAGUCAGAUAAUCGGGCUACAAUAGAUUACCGUGCCUGAGAGACGUGGUCAGAUUGUAAUUGGGCUAGAAAUGAGAGCCGUGAUGCAUCAAUUUUGGGGUCUUUUAUUUCUCGACAUUUAAUUAUUUUAUUAGUAGCUAAAGGAGGUGGCGCAGGUACCAACUUGGCGCGGUGCUAAUCCCCGCCGUGGUCUAAGGGAACCGACUUUUAUAGACAAUAUGCCUUCCAUUAAAAUAUGACUGAAACCUUUUUAAAUUAUGAAACCCCAUCGAAAUCAAAAAAACUCUGUAAAGUUUAUACGAGACAUAAAAGAACAUAGCGAAACAACGUGGGAGUGUAAAAGAUGUAAAGUCCCAUUACAUGUACCAAAAUGCUUUGAAAGAUAUCAUACGGUUGAAGACCAUUAAUUUACUGUAAAUUAUUAUAAAUUGGAAUUAAAACUUAUUAUAACUUAUAAAAUUAUAGAAUUAUUAAAACUAAUAAACUUUUCCUGUUCACUAAUGA